AUGGAGGCUGCACGUGUGGCUGCCGAGGAUGUACAUAGGCAGCAUAUGGAGGCCUUCCGCCAGCUGGAAGAGAACAGGUUCAACUGGAAGACGAGCCCUGACGCAGCAGACCAGUGGCUGAAGGAUCUGGAGAGGAUCUUUGAUGCAAAAACAUGCCCAGCGGAGAACAAGUUAGCUUUCACAGUAUACAUGCUCACCGGGGAGGCUGAGCACUGGUGGACCAACAGCAUUCGAUAUGCCAAGGAGGUGGAAUUCCUCCAAUUUACCCAGGGAGGGAAGACCGUGACCGACUAUGCUGAGAAGUUCAAGCACCUCAGCCGCUUUUAUACCUUGCCACUCGAUGAGGAGUGGAGUUGUUGGAAAUUCGAGAACGGCCUCAGGGGAGAUAUUCGCUUGAUGGUAGCACCCAUAUCCAUUCAGGAUUUUGCCGCUCUAGUGGAAAAGGCCAAGGUGAUGGAGAAGAUGAAGAAUGAGGUAGAGGGUUAG